UGUGCACAGACUCCCUUGCAUCACUCCAGGAGCUUUUAACCCUUGUGGAUGAUCACCACCUCCAUAUGGAGUUAUCGUGUAAUAGUAUGAAGAGAGGAUUUCUCUAUGAUCAGCAGACAAAGUUUAGCAAAUUCCUGCCGGACAGCCUUUCAGGCUAUCACUGAAGCGGCGUCCAGCUUCAGUUUUUGCCGUGCCUCCCUGGAGCACACGGUGUCUGCUGAGGAGCUGAGUUACCAGCUGCCGCGUCACGCCGGAGGCAGCAACCUGACCUGGCACGACGGCCGUGGCCAGAAGACAGCACACACACGCACCGUCAAACUACUGCAGCAGCCCGGCACAGAGGGCAUCCAGUUACGUCCAGGUGAAGCGUUCACUGUGUACCACACCAGUCCUACACUGUCCAGUCUGUCCAAACCAGUGGUGCUGUGGACUCAGCAGGAUGUCUGCAAGUGGCUUAAAAAACACUGUCCACACAACUACCUGACCUAUGUAGAGGCCUUCUCCCACCACGCCAUCACAGGACGGGCAUUGCUGCGUUUAAAUGGGGAGAAGUUGGAGAGGAUGGGCAUUGUCCAGGAGACACUAAGGCAGGAGGUCCUCCAACAGGUCCUCCAGCUGCAGGUCAGAGAAGAGGUCCGCAACCUGCAGCUCCUUAGUAGAACCUCCUUUGGAAAUUUCUCUUAGCUCAUCCCUGGAUCCAUUUAGUGGCCCUUUCCCUCAUCCCUUGUCACAAUACGUCUCUAGGAGCCAUGGAAGAGCUGCUGUCUUCAAAUAUGUGAGCGGAGAAUCAACGAGUGAAAGGGGAGAGGACGAGCCUAUAGACUACAUGCCAACCAGUCUGGAGGAUUCUCAUUCAACACGGCCAAUCGGGUUUACAGACACUGAGACAGAGACAAAAACCCCGCUCUAGGCAGGGUUACCCCCUGUAACAUACGAUAAGAUGAUAAGAUGAAAAGAUGAAAGAUUAACAAUCUUUGUGAUGAUGUUUGCCUGGCGCGGGCAUAUCUUCGGUCAUAGCAAAUCUCCUUUUGGUUUCCUUUCUCAGCUGGAAUGCACUGAUUGAGUCAUUUCAGCAGUAGCUAUUGAAAUUAUAUGUAUUUGACAUAAGUAGCGGUUAUUGAAUGAAUUAUUUUUUGACAUGGUUUCACUUAGUUUGUAAUAAGCAUUUGGCCCAGUGGCAAAGGAAAUGUGGAUGUAACCAUAGAUUUAUAGGCAGAGCUACAAUUUAGACAAUGGAACCUUACAUUUAAUCUUUAUCUCCCUGUAAAGUAACAACCAUGAGCGUAUUCAAAGGUAAUUAGAGCUUUUGUUAAAAGCAUUUGACUAAUGCCAGUUUAAUCAACCCCUCACCCACGUGUCACACUGCAUUUUCCUCUCAGGACAUCGGUGUCAGAAUUUGCAGGCUUGGAAGAUGAACAUUAACACUUCAGGCUGAAUGUCAUUCCCACAAUAAAAUUUUUGUAUUGUGACUAAUCUGCAGUAUUUCAGUGAGAAUUUAGAAAUAUAUAUUAUAGGGUGUGAGCAUUGUAGAGUAACAUACACUUUAAUGUGUGUAUACUGUAACAGUUCUUUGGUCUUUUAUUAAUGAAAUGGAUCCAAGGGGCUCACAGAGUUAAUGAGAUUAUAAUUGCUUGAUAAAGCAAUAAUGCUAGUGCUAAAAGGUGAAGAAGAUGCACAUCUGUAGAGAUGGGAUGCACCGUGUGAGUGUCUGCUGACGGAAAUAAACACCUUGCCCUCUACAGUGGCAGUACUUGCAAGCCUUGUAGUUUCAGUCCUUUGUCUGUGAUCAUGUAUACUGUAUGUCACCUCUUACACACAGAUACAACAAGAAGGAUGGGUCUCCGUUUGUGUUCCAUCUUGUUUCUCUCCCUGAUGUGACGCUGUACUGUCAAAUGGUCAGAAAACAAGAUACGGUUGAGAUUCCCACUGUGAACGAAACCAGCACCGUUGAUGUCCUUCUAGGCAACAGCAGACAGCGACGAUGACAAUGAUGCUCAAGACGGAUGACUAAAUCAGUGAAAUGAAACGUUAAAAAAAAAAAAAAACACAACUUCCAAAACAUCUGCACCAACCAUCUUCCAACUGUCCUUUUACAAGGACGCUUUGAGUAAUGUGAGAUAUCGACUGUUAAAUGGGAAGAAAACACACUUUUAUUUUUAGAUGAAAAAAUGUACUGUAAAUACUGGUUUACAUUGACUGAUGAUUUAUGACCUGCAAAAGGAGAAAAUGUUUCUCUGUUUUACAGAUUCAACAGUGGAAUGGAAAAUGAUGAAAGCUGUCAUCAUGUUUUUUGAAUAAACUAACUGAGAUGAA